AUGGACCAGAAUGGAUCUCUCUAUGUUGUUGACAAUGAAAAACAUGAAGUGAGACAAUAUAGAAGAGGAGAAUUUCAAGGAACAGUGGUUGUAGGUGGCAAUGGACGAGGAAAUCGUCUCGAUCAACUUGAUGGCCCAACAUACGUAUUCAUCGAUCGAGAUCAAUCAGUCUAUGUAUCUGACUAUUUGAUACCUCGUGUGAUUAAAUGGAUAGAAGGUGCAACACAAGGCAUUGUCGUGGCUGGUGGUCAAGGAGGAGGAAAUGGUCUUACACAAUUGUCCUAUCCUUACGGAGUCGUUGUCGAUCAAGUAGGCACUGUCUAUGUGGUUGAUUCAGGAAAUGAUCGGAUCAUGCGUUGGCCAAAAGGAGCUACACAAGGCAAUGUCAUUGUUGGUGGAAACGGUCGAGGAGGAGAAUCGAAUCAACUGGAUUGGCCCCACGGUUUGUCAUUCGAUCGACACGGUAAUCUCUAUGUCGUCGAUCAGUAUAAUCAUCGAGUACAAAAAUUUAACAUUGUCUCAAAUGCUUAA